AUGGAUGACAAAUUUAACGAUAUUUGGGAAAUGUCAGACGAGGAAGGAAAUUUAAAUUAUGAUAAUAUAAUUUCUUCAAAAGAAUGGAAUCGUAUGAAUGAAAAUUUUGGAAAUUUAGGAUAUAAAGAAGGAAUUAUAGAGGGUAAAGAUACCACAAUUCAAAAAGGAUUUGAUAAAGGUUAUAUUGACGGUGCAAGAAUUGGUAAAGAAAUUGAAAAUGAACUUGCAAACUUGUCAGUUGAAAAAAUUUUCACAAAAGAAUAUUUUAAACAAGUUAUAAAUUCAUCAGAUAAUAUUGAUAAAUCACAAGAAAUUAUUAUUAAUGAUACAGGAACAGAAUGUAGUAUUCACAAAUUAAAUAUUGGUUCUAAUGAAAAAGAUAAAGAUGAUAAAAAAGAUGAAUAUGAAAAAGAUAAAAAAGAUAACAAUUUAGAAAUAAAAACUGAAAUAUUAAAAAAUGUUAAUGAUUUAAGUUGUUGUGAUAAUGGUGAUUCUAGUUGUUGUGGUGAUGAUGAUUCUAGUUGUUGUGGUGAUGGUGAUUCUAGUUGUUGUAAGAGAAAUGAAUGUUCAAAAUUUAUUCCACAAACGAAAAUAAUGGGGAAACCAGUUGAACAACUUUUAAAGAAAUACUAUAAAGAGAUCAAUAAUUUAUUAACGGCUUCUGGAUUUGAUCAAAUUUAA